ACUUUCAUGUUAUUCUAUCAUGAUAUUCUUCCGGCACGAGUAGCUAAGGUCCGAGGCUCGCGGUUUUCUCUUCUGGCCUGGUCUCUGCUCAACACUCCACGGCCUCUUCCGUCGCCCUCUCUCGAUUUCCCGCCGUCGCCUCCGCUCCCGUCGGCCAUCUCCGCCGCCGACGCCGCCGCGUCUCAGUUCUGAACGCAGCCUGGCCUCUUCGAAGGAUUUCAGAACCAUCCCUUAACGAUACAGUUGGUUGCACGCUUGCAAUCUAGUUUGACGGUCCAGAAUUUUGUCUAAUGCGUGCUCAUAAUUAUAGGCUUUAGGUCCAAAUCUGAACCAGUUCGAGUAUUUGCAAUUUUGGGACUUUUAAAAUGUCUCCUUUGACCUCAUUGUCGGUAGCAGCUCCCUCCUGUUCCUGCAUGUAUAAAUCAUAUAGCUUGAAACCUCAAAAGAUUGCUUCUUCCGUCACAAGAGUUCCUGCUUGUUACAAAGCUUCAUGUGGUGUUACCGGGCGUAUGCACUCCGUUUUCAUGCACCAACCUUUAGACAGUUCAAAGCAUGCUCCAAGAGAUUGCAGUUCUCAGUCCUUCACUAGUGAUGAUACUUUAUUUUUGGAGUGGGGGGACCAAGAGCUGGACAGUGAUGAGGAUGUGUACUCUCCAUGGGAAGGUGCUGUUGUUUAUAAGAGAAAUUCUUCAGUUUCACAUGUAGAAUACUGUACGACCUUAGAGAGGCUUGGAUUAGAGAAGCUUUCAACGGAGUUAUCCAAAUCUAGGGCCUCGGCGAUGGGAAUACGUGUGACCAAAGCCGUGAAGGAUUAUCCUCAUGGAACUCCUGUGCAGAUAUCCAUUGAUGUCAGCAGGAAGAAGCAAAAGUUGAGGCUUGAUGGGAUAUUGAGAACUGUCAUUACUCUUGGUUGUAACAGAUGUGGCGAGCCUGCCGCUGACUGCAUAUACUCCAAUUUCUCACUUUUGUUGACUGAAGAUCCCAUUGAAGAACCUGAAAUUAUCGACAUGGGGGUCAUGUUUGGAGAAGAUAAGUCCAGACCACCCCCAACUGAUGAGGAAGGAGACGAUGAGGACGAGGCUUCUAUCGACCUGGAUGAUCGGCUCUAUUUUCCUCCUGAAAAUAAGGAAAUCGACAUCUCGAAGCACAUGAGGGACUUGGUGCACCUGGAGAUCACCAUAAAUGCCGUGUGCGAUCCUAAUUGCAAGGGGAUGUGCCUCCAAUGCGGGACAAAUCUGAACACCAGCAGUUGCAACUGCAGGGAAGAGCAGGUGGAGGAGAAAGCCCGGGGCCCUCUCGGAAACCUUAGGAAGCAAAUGCAGCCGAAUUGAUACUAAAUCGGUGUAAUUGUAACUUUUUGUUCGAUCCAUGUCUGUCAAUCAAUUGACAUUUUUGCUGUCAUUUAUGCAAGUGGCUACAGAAUAAAGCAUUGAGACUCUCCAAGCUGGCUGAAGGUAAAGAAUAUGAAGUGCCAAUUGGUGAUACCAGUGGAA